AUGUUCUCUGAGUACUGCUCUGAGCCUUUCACAGCUGAACAAGUUGAAAUUGUAAGCUGGGAUGGUAGUCAUACUUUUUAUCCUCGUCUGCAACAGCGAACCAUGAUGGUUAGUGUCGAUUAUCUCAACAGCGUAGCUGGCACCAAUUGCAGCGGGGAGCAAAUAACUGAACUCCUCACUCAAAUGAGUCUCACUAGCAGUAUUGCAGAUACGGGUGUCACCAUCUCACCCGAUAAAGCUUUCGGAACAGGGUGUGCAUUGUCGGUUUGUGUUCCACCAACACGGCACGAUGUUCUGCACGCUUGUGAUAUUGCCGAAGAUUUGGCCAUCGCAUACGGCUACAAUAAUAUCGAGGAGAAACUGCCUACCACCUUCACUAUGGCUGAAGAGGAGCCACUCAAUCGCCUCACCGAUAUGGUUCGAAAUGAAAUCGCUCUCUGUGGAUUCACGGAGGCGCUCACUUUCUCCUUG